CACGUAGAUUUGUAUUCUGAGAUCUUAGAUGAAGACGAAAGUCGACCAGCCAAACGAAGGAGAGAUAACGACUUAGAUUAUAAUGUAUCCAUUUUAGACCACCAGCAUGAUAUUCAUGAAAACAAGGAUGGUGACGAUGAUUUGUUUGCUGAUUUCGGGGAAGGUGAAAAGGCUUUUGAAGUGAAAAUGGAAGGAACCGAAGAAGAUUCAAAGGCAAUUAUACAAACUAUGACUCUUGAAGGUCAUAACAAUGCUGUGCCACGAGUUUCUUCUGCAAACAAUGGUAUGAAUCACCAACUCCCAGAUCGCAAACCAGUAACAAAUGCUACAAACGCGCUAUACCUUAAUGAACUGAAUUGGUGGACUACAGACGAGGAUCUUAGAAAUAUUGCCCGUGAUCUUGGUGUAGGUCCAGACGUGACAGAUGUAACUUUCUACGAACAUAAAGUGAACGGAAAAUCACGAGGGGUUGCCUAUAUGGAAUUUACUUCACCAGAAUCAGCUACAAAGGUUAAAGAGAGACUGGACGCAAUUGAAAUCACGGGUAAAAAAUGUGUUGUUAAUUUUACAAGCUCAGCAAACGGUAAUCCUUUCAAAACUGUUCCAAAAGAACCUCCGCCAAAAGCUGCUCGACAAGCAAUGCAACAGCAAUCUUCCGGUGGUCAACGAUCAUCUACAAACCUUCCCGUACGUCCCGCAGUUAUGAGACCAAGUGGAAUGGAAUUUCAUCAUCCUCGUGGAGGUUUCCGAGGGGGCCAGAUGGUACCUGAGCCAAGAAACUUUUUCGGCAAUCAAAUGAACCCUUAUGGUGCAUUCGCUUCUGGUCGCGGUGGAUAUAUGAAUGGUUUUGCUGGCGUGGGAGAUGCUUCAGCAUUUGCCAUGAGCCCUAUGAUGGCAGCACGUGGAGGAAUGAUGAAUAUGCGAGGACAAGUUCCCUCUCGUCGUGGAAUGAUGGGCGGCCGAGGAGUAAUGCGUGGAGGAUACGGUGAAGAUUAUAGUAUGGGAGGCGGACCCGCAGGAUUUCCCGCACCACAUUUUAAUCCUGCAUUCUUUGAUCAAAGUGGAUAUGGAGGUGCAGAAGAAUCAGUACCUGUAGCACCACGAGGACAAAGAGGGUAUGAUAAAGCGCUUCAUGGAGUAAAAAGAACACGUGAUGAUGAACAUGGGCGUGUAGAUGGGCGAGGUAGCCUAAAAACGUGA